AUGCAGGGUCUCAGGCCUGAGCAACUGCGGGGGCUGCUGGAGCCCGAGAGGACCAAGACUCUGCUGCCUCGGGAGAACAGGGCCUGGGAGAAGCGCGCCUCCAUCACCAAAGACUGGGUGGCCGUGGAGGUUGGGGCCUCCAGCUGUGACACUGACGAGAAAGACCUGUCUUCUCAAGAGACUGGGCGUCCCCAGGAGUGGAGCUCCUUGGAGGAAGAUGAUGAGUCAGAGGGCUCCCAGGGCUUUGUGGAGUGGCCAAAAGCUCCACAGCAAACGACCAUCGUCUUGGUCGUGUGUGUCCUUUUUUUGUUCCUGGUUUUAACGGGAAUGCCUAUGAUGUUUCACAUUUAA